AUGUCUCCGGAUAGAGGGCGUGUUUGGUGGCACCGUGUGCUUGAGGAGUUGGCAGUCGUGGCACCCUUGGCUAUCGGCGGAUUCCUCAUGGUGCGAUAUGUCCUGAAACAAAUGAACUUAGACCCAGAAUCAGAUGUCAAAGAGCAUGCGCGUUUAACAUCGGCCGCGAUUCUGGGUAGGUUAGAGGCGGGACGGACGUCCACAGAUCAGGGCCCUGAUCGGCCUAGGAUGGAAGAUCUCCGUCUAUCACAAUACGAACAGGCCAUCCUACAGGACUUGGUGUUCCCCGAAGACAUUCCGGUAUCAUUUGAGGACAUAGGUGGGCUUUCGGACAUCAUUGAGGAGCUGCGAGAAACGGUGAUAUACCCGCUGACUAUGCCCGACCUUUAUUCGACUUCGUCUUCACUGCUGUCUGCUCCUUCGGGGGUGUUGCUGUACGGACAACCCGGCUGCGGAAAAACGAUGCUUGCCAAGGCAUUGGCACACGAGAGCGGAGCAUGUUUCAUUAACCUCCAUAUUUCCACGUUGACGGAGAAAUGGUUUGGCGAUUCCAACAAGCUAGUGAACGCAGUUUUCAGCCUAGCGCGGAAAUUAGAGCCAGCAAUAGUGUUCAUCGAUGAGAUUGAUGCGGUCUUGGGGACGCGGCACAGUGGCGAACAUGAAGCCAGCGGAAUGGUCAAGGCUGAAUUCAUGACGCAUUGGGACGGUCUGGCUUCGGCGACGACCACCGGACGGCCUCAAAGAAUAUUGAUUCUCGGGGCGACCAAUCGGAUACAGGAUAUAGAUGACGCGAUUUUACGGCGCAUGCCCAAGAAAUUCCCGGUUUCUUUGCCAGGGGCGUCACAACGAUUGAAGAUACUGAAGAUCAUGCUAAAAGACACCAAAGUCGAUGUGCCAAAUCUGGACCUCGAGUAUCUAUCUCGGGUCAUGAGCGGAAUGUCAGGCAGCGACAUCAAGGAAGCAUGCCGAGAUGCAGCGAUGAUCCCUGUGCGCGAGAUGAUCCAACGGCAAAGACAGAACGGACAGCGAAUGGAGCAAAUGAAGGUAGGAGAUGUUCGCGGGCUACAGACCAUAGACUUUUUCCAGACCGCCCCGGGAAACAAAAUAGCGAAGCAGGUGGAAGCAGAGAAGGAAGCUGAGGAUUGGAGCACGGAGUCAUCAUCGACAGGGGCCAAUUCUGAAAUGCAGGAAGCGGUGGAGCAGAUUGCCGCGACAGGGACGGUGACGUAA